GCUCAUUCGCUGCCCGCAGACAGUUCCGGAGCGCAAGUAGCCGGUCGAUUUGAUCUAGUGAGUGAACGUGUGAUUGUGGUGUCCGCGCGUUAAGUGAAGUAAUGGACUGAUCGUGAUUAUUUCUUUUUGUUAUUGUUGGCGUCUUCAUCUCACCAUGAUGAAUGGAAAGCUACAUGCGGCAGAACAUCUGCCGAAUGCAGAAGAUCUGUUAAAUCCAUUUGUACACCGCCUCGAACUGUCAACAACGUACGACAAAAUUAAGACUGGUGUGCUGACGGUGGCGGUGCUGCCGUUCCGCGUGGCGGCCAUCAUGGUGCUGCUGGUGCUGGCGUGGCUACUGGCGUGCGUGGGCCUGCUGGGGCUCUCCGAGGACGACCUGCGCUCCAGGCCCAUGACCGGCUGGCGGCGCAAUGCGCGUGCUGUGAUCUGCUGUGUGAUGAGGGGUCUCUUCCUGUGUGGAGGAUUCCACUGGGUGACGGUGAAGGGAAAACAGGCGACGGCUAAGGAAGCGCCCGUCCUGGCAUUAGCGCCGCAUUCCUCCUACUUUGAUGCGUUGCCAGUUGUAUAUCUGGGUGCUCCGAGUAUUGUUGCAAAGGGCGAGACUGGACACUUGCCCUUCUUUGGAAAGCUGAUAAACUAUACACAGCCUGUGUAUGUGUGGAGGGAGGAUCCUAACUCGAGACAAAACACCAUCAAGGAGAUCAUCGAGAGAGCCACCUCAGAUCUCGACUGGCCACAGGUGCUCAUAUUCCCGGAAGGAACAUGUACAAACAGAUCAUGUCUAAUCACAUUCAAACCAGGAGCUUUCUACCCAGGAGUACCUGUGCAGCCUGUCUGUCUACGUUAUCCAAACAAACUUGACACAGUUACUUGGACCUGGGAAGGACCAGGAGCGUUAAAACUGCUGUGGCUUACUCUCACACAAGUUCACAGUAGCUGUGUCAUAGAAUUUCUGCCUGUCUACCAUCCAAAUGAAGAUGAGAAGAGAGAUCCAAAACUUUACGCCAAUAAUGUACGGAAAUUAAUGGCAAGGGCUCUUGGCAUACCCAUGUCAGAUUAUACAUAUGAUGAUUGCCGUCUUAUAACAAGAGCUAAAAGGCUCAAUAUACCAGGAGCUGCUGGCUUGCUUGAAGUUCAGAAGCUAAGGGGACGGCUUGGGUUAGUGAAUUCAGAUGCUGAAGAAAAGAUUCUGUCUGAGCACAGGCAUCUUUUCAGCAAAGAAGGUGGCAAAAUCUCCUAUAAGCAAUUUGCAAAGUUACUCGGUAUAGAGCCCAGUGAUGGUCAUCUUCAGCAGCUCUUCUGCCUAUACGAUAAGGAAUCCUCUGGAGUCAUUGAUGUCAGGGAAUACAUUUUUGAAGUGUUGGUGAUAUCAAAGGCAAAGAAAACAUCAGACAUUAUCCCUAUAGUUUUCCAGGUGUUCGGUUCAGGGGAAGAUGGCAGUUUAAGCCAGUCAGAUCUGCCUGGUGUACUGCAACAUACAUUGGGUAUGGCACCCAUGGAGGUUGCUCAGCUCUGCAGCCAUCUGGACAAGACUGGCAAAGCUCAUAUCUCACACGAUGAACUUACAAAAUUUCUGCAGCACAAGUCGGAUUGCACAGGACUCUUCAGUAGUAACCAGUGGAAUCUAAAGAACAGUUUGAGCACGGAAUGUCUAUUGAGUACAGGAAGUAGUAAAACAGAAUGA